AUGGCUGAUACCCCGAGAGCCUCUAAAAGGAGGAAGCUCGAUACGGCCACUCGUAAUGCGCCCAGUCCGCUCGCGAAACCUUCGACUGUGCGGGAAUCUACGCGGCCGACCUCCCGAACGGCUUAUAAAGCGGAUGGCUCACCUAAGGAGCAAGACAUACCGUUGAAGAACGCUUCGAAGCCGUUGUUGAGAAAAGUCCAUGGCACAGUACGCCAACGGGAAGCGGGCGAGGAUGCUGAUGUAUGGGACGAUAUAGAGGGCGCAUUGGGCGAGAGUCCGACCAAGCGAUUGCCACCAAGGUCGUUGCCAUCCACGAAGAAGCGAGUGACUAGGAAUACGGCGGUGGCAGACGCUACGAACGAGAGGACCAGCACCGACGAGCUACCAAAGGCGACACCGAGCAGAAGGAAAGGGAAGGCUACAUUCAAUGAGUACCAGGGUGAUCUCGCUGAAGAAGUUACAACACCCGCGCGACGCGCAUCUGCACGAGCUGCCCCAAUCAGUUUGAGGCGCACGCCGAAAGACAGCGAAGCAGCGAAUGGUGUCAGCACCAAGCCAGGGUCGCUCCGAAAACCACUCAGCAGUGCGAAAGCGGAACGGAAGUUCGAGUUUGAAGAUACUAUGCUCGUGUCAACAUCUUCUUCCCGGCACAAGCGAGCACGACAGCUACGCUUUCGAGACAACGAUACAAUUCCAGAGACGGAUGAUGAGCCUGAAAAGAAUGGUAUAUCUGCUCCUCGAAUUGCAAGUGCAAGGCGACAAAUACUACGACCAGACAACGUGAUCACCCAAAGCGAGGAAGCCGGAGAUGCUGACGAGGAUGAGGACAUAAUGAGUGUGGACGGCAACAGCGUUUUGGAGAGUGUUCUCGAUCCUACUGAACCGAGUCCUUUCAAUAAGCCUUCUUCUGCCCAAAAACAGAAACCAGAUGUUCCUCUACUAUCGGGUUUCAUCGAAACUGGACGCGAGCUUGAUCUUCUCAAGAACAUUAUACUGGAACGCAUCUCCGGCAAACGACCUGUGCCUCUGGUUGGACUCGAUGAUGCAUAUAAGUCUGUCCACCAGCUCAUCGAGAACACAGUCACCGCCGGCGAAGGCAACUCGAUGCUUCUGAUCGGAACACGGGGCAGUGGAAAGACAGCACUCGUGAACAAGGCACUUAUAGAGGUGUCCAAGGACAACAGCCACGAUUAUCACGUGGUUCGUCUCAACGGCUUUAUACAUACAGACGAUAAGAUUGCUCUACGUGAGAUCUGGCGCCAGCUCGGCAAAGAGAUGGAACUUGAGGAAGAAAGUGGAGGGGUAGGUAAAAGUUAUGCCGACGCUUUACAGACUUUGCUCGCUUUACUAUCCCACCCUUCUGAGCACACAGGAGAGUACACAGAAAAAGUCGCAAAUGCAGUGGUUUUCGUGAUGGACGAGUUCGACUUGUUUGCUCAACACCCCCGACAAACGCUUCUGUACAAUCUCUUCGACAUUGCUCAGUCCCGCAAAGCUCCAAUUGCUGUUCUGGGUCUUACCACGCACAUUGAUGUAGCCAACAGCCUGGAAAAGCGCGUCAAGAGUCGCUUCAGCCAUCGCUACGUGCACAUCUCCUUGGCAAAGACCUUCACCGCUUUCCAAGAGAUAUGCAAGGCCAAUUUGCUGGUCCAGCCGGAGUUCCUUAGUGUCGAAGAGCGAGGCGUUCUCGAGUCUGCCGUCAAGAAGAAGGCUAGCAAGCAAGCAAAGAAGAGUGCAACGGAGAACGUCUUGUCGCAGUGGAACUCUAAUAUCAACACCCUUUUUUCCUCCAAAGCAUUCCUUACAACUCACUUGGCCCGAUUGUUCUACCGCUCAAAGUCGGUCCCAACAACCUUGACCACCUUUCUCCUCCCCACCGCUAACCUCACGACCUCCCUUUCGGUCCCAUUGGAUAUUAUCCAUGACAGCGAUACAUGCAACUUUCACAUGGCUUACGAUGAAUACGUGACACUCGCCAGCAAAGCACGCAUCCAGAGUGCGGCAGGCGGUAACAGUGCAAGUGGCGGCGUGAGUAAGGUGUGGGGCAAGGAGGUAGCGCGACGAGAAUGGGAAGGUCUGCUCGAAUUGGAACUGGUGAUGCCGGCUGUGGGCGGCGGACUGACGGGAGGCUUCAGCAUGGUGAAGUGCGAUGUUAGCCUUGAGGAGGUAGGGGCGGUCUUAGCAGGGGAGAAGGGCAUUGAGAAGGGAUUGGAGAGGUGGUGUAGGCAGAUCUAA